UUUCCUUCAAUGUCAUUACCCCCAGAGACAAAGGAGGAUACAAUAUUUGGUUUUGACAAGAAACUAUAUGACUGGCUAAUUAUUGCAGGCAUAGGUGUCCUUUCUCUUAUUAUCAUAAUAAUCAUCAUUUGUGUUUGUUAUCGUUGUAUCUGCCGUGCUCAAGAUAAAACAGAUGGUUCAGAUGUUCAGCUAAAGGAUAGAAGACGUCUUGACGAUGGAACACAUUUCUAUGGAUCUGAAGGAAGUGGCUUGGCUGAACAAUACGAUGAUGUCACAGAUACUAAUGGAUUUGUCGGUCCCUCCAUGACUUCAUUCAGACCAAAACAGAAACCUAAUGAGUAUGAAUCUGGUGGAGCUGGCUAUGAAGCAGUUGGAGGAGCACCUCUCACAAAAGCUAUGAAAAAGGCUAUAGAUCAGAAAGGCGGUAGCGGUUAUACUAACUUGCCCAACACUGAAGAUGAAUCUUACCCUGUGUCAGAUGGACGCAAGUCAUCAGUGGGGAAACGUUCAGGAUCUAUCAAACAGCCUGAAUCAAAUCUUGUACUAGACAACCCAGGAUCCGAACCGACUCAGGCAUACGCUGCAAUAGAUAUGUCAAAGAAGAAGCGACACCAGCAGAGCAGUGAGCCGACUGAUGCUUAUGCUGUCGUUGAUAUGGGGAGAAAGACGUCUCGAAUGAGGCACGACGAGGUUAACAAUAGUUACGAGCCUGUUGAGAGAGGCAGGAAGAGCUCAAGACAUCAGUCUCAUGGACGGCAACAGUAUGAUGAUCCUCAGCAGAGUGGUAUUCCAAUGACCAGAGGAUCGAUGAAAGCACAGAGAUCGGGAGAGAUUCAAUACACCGAUGUGGACUUUACUGGCAACGAUCCUGCUGCUGCUGGCUAUCGUCGUCCCCCAGGUGACCCAAUAGAUUACUCAUCUGUCAUGAUUCCACAGCAAAAAGUCAUCGAAGCUGAACUCUAAGUUCAUCGGCAGGUGCAGUCAUAUAACUAAACUUGCUUUUGGUAUGGUAGCGGUAGUAUAACAGGAGCUUGCAUUUUUUACUAUUUUUAGCCGAUAAGCUCGAUUGCAGCUAUGUCCCAGAGUAGUAUAUUUGAUGGGACGCGUGUUUUGAUUGUUUGUGAGUGUAUGCACAUUAGAUGUAAUGUUUUUCUUGUUAGCUUAAUUAGCACAUUUGGAAUUAUGGUAAAUGUUUAUGGCGUAAACAUGGAUAUGGUAUGACGUCAUGAUCAUGACGCUUUGAUUGAUAAUAGUAUGUGGGUAGUAUGUUUGUUUCAAUUAAAUUUUUGGUUGAAAGUUUGAUGAAUUAUAAUCAAA